GAGCAAUAGAACGAACGAAAGAUUUGUUUAUUUCCGUGUCAAAAAGACAAGUAUUUUCUUCUUUGCCAUGUAGUAUUUUACGUUGGCAAUAUAUAACAAACUCAGAACAGAAUGGCUAGCAAUCAAGAUUGGUCAAGAAGUGGUAGUUUUAUGAGCAAACCUCCCCGUGGUUGGCUUCAUCCUGAUGAGCACCUGUCAAGGGGGGCCGGAGUGUAUUAUGGAGUCCGGUAUAUUGGCUGCAUGGGGAUCAAGGCUUCCAUGAAGACACUUGAAUUUGAGACACGCACAGCAGUUGCAAAAGAAUGCAUCCACAGGGUUUGUGAUGCUGCUGGCCUGAAAACAAUGAACAAAAAGCGUAAGGUUGAUAAGAAGGUGAGCAAGUUACUUGUGACGCACCCGACCAUGCAUUAUGCUGGGUCUAAUGUGAACCUGACAAUCACCACAGAAAGUCUUCACCUCUCCAUCCUCUCUGCAAUGGAGACUGGCGAUGUCAUCGCUGAUCACCAAAUGUCUGGAAUCUCAUUUGCCUCUGGAGGUGAUGCUGAAACAAUGGACUUCGUAGCAUAUGUAGCAAAAGAUGCCAUUAAUGGUCGAGCAUGUCAUGUCCUUGAGUGUGGAGGCGGUUUGGCACAAGAUGUCAUCACAACGAUAGGACAAGCGUUUGAGUUGCGAUUCAAAGAAUUUCUUAAUGCGCAGCCAAAACCUUUACAAGUUCCAGACAGAUUGGACGAUGGUUUUCAUAAAGAAGAGUCUGCAUGGGGUGAAGAUCCAGAGUAUUACAAUGAUCGACCAGGGGCAGUACCUCCUAUCCCUCCCUUGCCACAGUAUCCAGGUGCUUUCGGGGGUCAAGACAUGAAUUACGCUUCAGUCCCUGACGAUAUGGCUGGAAAAUACAGGAAUGGAAAUGAUGAUAUAUUCAAUGGACAGUUACCGCCAGCCUCGCAAGCUCCACCCCCUCUGCCACCCAUGAACCCAUCUAAGCGACAUCCAUUGGAGCCUACGCAUGAAGAGUGGUAUCAUGGGCCGAUGUCAAGGAAACAGGCAGAAGAAUUACUGAAGCAGAAUGGUGAUUUCCUGGUGCGUGAGAGUACAAGUAACCAGGGCCAGUACGUGUUGAGUGGGAUACAGAAUGGCAAGGUGAAACACCUGCUGCUGGUCGACCCAGAUGGAGUGGUUCGAACAAAGGAUCGAAUAUUCGACAGUGUGGCACAUCUCAUCUCGUUCCAUCAGGACAAUAACAUCCCAAUUAUGUCACAGGACAGUGAGCUGAUUCUUCUUAAUCCAGUGGGAAAUUCAAAGUGCUGAGUAUUACUAUUUGAACUACCCCCUUGUGGAGACUCACUUUACUUAACGAGGAUGACGAUUUUUUUUUUCAAAAAGCGCACAACCAUGUGGCAGAUCAUUCUGAAGUAUUAUUGCUAUUCUCUUCUUUUUUUGCAAAAAAACAUUUCUUUGAAUGGUGCAACAACAUUGAUUGUACAAUCUUAAAAAACUGAUGGAUGGAUGUGGAUCUUUACAUAUGGCUUACAUUUUACUGUGAAUCUGAUCAUUUUUUAGUUCUGAAUCGCUUAAAAGAACAAUGCUGUUAGUAUGGCAGAAUGUUUAUGUAGCAUUUGCAAAAGAAGGAAAAUAAGAUUUGUGAUAUGAAGGUCAUCAUAUUUUAAGCUGUGCAUAAUUUAUCCGCGGAAUUACUGAGUAAAAUUAGGAACUUCAUAGUCUGACCUCAGUCUUCAUUCGCAAUGGAAAGGAUGGAGUGAUGUAUUUUGUAUUUUGCCACUGUUUUGAACCUUAACAUGGUGUUGUGGUAUAUUGAAUUUGGUUUGGUUUGUCUGAAAGCAGGCUACAGGGCAUGAUGGGAUGUGGUUCAGUCGAUGCGGCUUUGUGUGCAAAUUCAAGUGAGGAGGAUAUCAAACAGGGGUACCUCCUUGUGACAUGCACUGGUAGGCCUACUUUUAUCAUGCAAGUUGCAACUUCCUGUGUUUUUUUGUAAAGGAUAGUUGAUAGUUGAUAGAUCUGUAAUUUACACAUCCAUUUUAAUCACAUAACUUUUAGGAUGUCAUCUUUCAUGAACUCAUGAUGUCAUCUGUGUUAAAUACGUCACGUUGUAAUUUAUUAGCUUUUGUACUUUAUGUAUUGAAUAUUGUCAUUGGUUUCCCACAAUGGCCAUUCAUGAUGAAGGCCAAUGCAAGUCAUCACAAUCUUUCCGGUAAGCUUCACCGUCACUGUACAUUUCAGAAAUACAUCUGCUCUUUUCUGUAUGACUAGCCGCAAUGUUUGUGAUUAUUCCUGGUUAUACAAGGUUUAUAUGUCGUGUCUCCUUAAAAUCUAGAAUUCUGUGUUGGCGGGAGGGGGAGAAUAUUUAGUUUUGUAUAAUGAUGUAGAUUUAAAAUGGGAUUUUAGACUUUCAUGUAGUGACAGGCCUGAAAACUCCUUGACCUUGAUAAACGUCAGGAAAACAAACCAUCUGUACAAUAGAUCUUCAGGGUCAAAGACAGCAGACAGUGGCUUGAGAGAGAUUGUCUGGCAUCUUUGACCGUGAAAACCUAUUGUGAAGGUGGUUUAUUUCCCCGACCGUAGGUGAUAGGCAUAUCUGGUAAAGGAGUUAUUGAUACAAGUAAUAGAAUGCAGGAAGUUUUGUUGGAUCAUGCUGUUAACUCUUGUUAUUGGGAUAAAUAGUUGAGAUUUGUUUAUUUUUCAGAAGUGCAAUCAUUGAUGUGUGGAACUUUGUAAUCACACUUGAUUUUUUAAGGUUUCUAGAAGUUAGUUGGGGAGUCGGUAAUAUUUGAAAAGUUGUACAUGUACUAUCUAUCAUUCAGUUUGAGCUGGCAGAAGGCUGUUUAUUCCCCAUGCAUGCCAGAGUCCAGUGGUAAAAAGGUUACUUGGUCACUUUAACAAGUACCCACAGUAUUUAUCCACAAGAUAUGUCAGGCUUUUUGCAAAACUCUCACUAUUUUACCAUUUCUAUGCUUCUUCUCAUUCCCUUUUUAACACAGGGCCGUAGCUAGAGGGGAAGCAGGGGAGGCAAUGCUUCCCUGACCAAAGAGCCCCCCUGUGACCCAAAAGCUAGCUGCAGGCCUGCAACUUUCGAUAUGACAUAUGUACAUUUCAAGUUACAAUUAAGAGUCACAGACUGGAGUGAAGAUGUAUUGCAGUAAAAAUAUUUGCUUUA